AUGAGUUUGGAAUACACCGCCGACCGCGCCGAAGUUCUUGUGACCAACGCCAACACGAUUGCCGAGCGCGUGGCUGCGCUGAACCCAAACGCCAGACUGGUCUGUGUGUCCAAGUUCAAGCCUGCCAGUGAUAUCCAGGCACUUUACGAUGCCGGAUACAGACAUUUUGGAGAGAACUACGUGCAGGAGCUCUUGGAGAAGUCGAAGGUGCUGCCAAAGGACAUCCAAUGGCAUUUUAUUGGCGGUCUACAGACAAACAAGACCAAAGACCUGGCCAAGAACAUCGACAACUUGUACGCCGUCGAGACCAUCGACACCGAGAAAAAAGCCCGCAAACUGAACGAGGUGCGUGUUCAGUCCGAGAAGCCGCUGAUCAACGUUUACAUCCAGGUCAAUACUUCUGGAGAAGACCAGAAAUCCGGGGUUUCUCCAGACGAGGUUUUGCAGCUGGCAAAGGUGAUCGUUGACGAGUGUCCAAAGCUACAUCUGGAAGGUCUGAUGACGAUCGGAUCCAUUGCACAGUCCACCUCCUCGGACGAGAACCAGGACUUCAAGACACUGGUGCAGGUGUCGCAGAAACUGGAGGCCGAGCUCGGCACCAAGCUCAGACUCAGCAUGGGCAUGAGCAGCGACUUCGAAGAGGCCCUCAGACAGGGUUCCAGUUCCGUUAGAGUCGGCUCCAACAUAUUUGGUAGCAGACCUAUAAAAUAG